AUGAACUACUCGUGUGUCCCUUGCAAUCGCUCAUUCAGCAGCAGUAGAGCCUUUGAGCAGCACAAAAAGAACUCGCCGAUGCACAAGAAGACCUUUUCUUGCGAGACUUGCAAUUGCACGUUCAGAAGUGAGAAAGCACUUGUGCGUCAUAGAUUGCAGUGUAAGGUCGACCAAGAGGCUUCAUUGAAUCAUCAUCCAGACGAGGCCGCAUUGAGCACCGUCCUAGCUAGGUGUUCCAUACUCGACACAUCAGCAUUCACGUUUCAAAAUUCCGCCCAAACACUCCUCUCAGCCAAUCCAGUCGCUAUUACUACCACGCCCCCGAAGAUAGCCAAGAGCAAAAGGUUUCGAUUGAAACAAGAGACAAGAGAAUAUUUCAUGUUCCCAGAGCUCCAUUCGAAGAUUGCAGAAGCAGUCCUUCCUGAAAUAAUCACAAUAUGGUUCAAUGAGAAUGACGACGACGAGAACUUCAGCUGCCGAUAUCACACCCACAUGAUGGGAAAAUUCACGUGUCACAACAACGAAUGUAAGAAGGAACUUUGGACCAGCAAAAAGGUGGCCAUCGAAAUAAGCGGAUAUGGCAGGAAUGGGUACAGAGCAAUUGUGUAUAAUCAGAGGUGCAAGUCUUGCAAUUGCUUGGGCACCUUUGUAAUGGAUGAAGAAUCCUACAUUGAGCGGAUAUCAUAUAGGAUUAAAAGAUGGGCAGGUGUAGAAGUGAUGCAACCAGAUUACGAUAGAAAAUUAACCAAACCACAUGAGCAGGACUAUUGUGAAGGUUGUAAACGGGGCAAGUGUACAGAGGGCGAUGACUUAUGA